CCCUUCUGCAGAAACCCAACUUGGCUGCUUGUGUCCACGACCUUGUUCUUUCGAUCACUACCCAGAGCUCAUGACCAUAGGAGCGACCGCAGAGAUCUCACCUGAACCUGACACACUGACUGACCGUCACUCACUGAGUUCUCACAGUGUAGAUGCACAGUGACAGAGAAAUGGCGAUACCCCGAAUGUUCAACUCCAACACCCCGUUCAUCAUCGUGACCGGAGGAUCUGAACUCUCAUUUCUCGGCAAAGAGGACGACAGCCAAGUUUGUGAGGAGGAGAAGGACUCGCUGGUCCAGGCCAUCGCCCCUCAUCUGAGUCGGGUGAUGCAGCACGGCACUGCCAAACAUGUGGUCACUGAGGGACAUGAGGAGAACGCCUGUGUCUCCAUAGUGGCACAGGCAGAGAGAGAAGACUAUCAGGAGUUCAGCCCCACCAACACACAGUGUCCUUACAUAAGAUCUCAGCUGCUCAAAAAGCACAGGUCUCUCAACAUGGACGCUGCCCUCCUGAGUGACACAGAGGACGAAGACUUCCAUCUGGCUGCCAAACUCCCGCUCCACCACCUCCAGAGGAAACAACGCAGGAAACCCAGAGGACAGAGCCAAGAGGACGGUGAACAACCUCCCAUCAUACAGGGCCUGUGGGUGCAGGAGAUCGAUUGGCUAAAAUCAGCAAGCAGAGAGAUGACAUCAUCAACAUCAGCUGAGAUCAUCCCGCCGCCUCCACAGUUUACUGACUCAGCGUCACACCCCUGCAGCCACGGAGGCUCCUGCGUAUGUGACGGCUGUGCAGAUGUGUGUGUCAGAGGAUCAGAGUCACUCUCAGAGGAGCAGCUCAGAUCAGCAGAUACAGACGACACCUCCAGCUCUGACGGCAGAGGAGGCUCAGACUCCGAUGGCGUCCAGGAGCAGGACUCUGAUUCUGUUUACACACAUGAGAGCGAGUCAGACUCAUCCUGUGCUGCAGAGGACGGCACACGAGCACCAGAUAGUUUUGGAGUUGAAGCCAGAGUGUCAAAUUUGACCUUUGACCUCAUGCACGUGUCCGGUUUUACCUCUGCCUCCCACACUGAGUGGGAUUCUGACUCAGCAGGGUGUGUGCAAAGCCUGCUGGGAGUUUCUGACUCCACCUACAGCCCCAGCACUGUAAAUACACCCCAGUGUGCCUUUAGUUUUGAUGACAUCAGCGAUGAUGACGCAGUUUUGUACGGCCUGAGAGGCAGAGUCACCUGGAUGCCGAAGCUUUUUGUUUUACCUUUCUUUAAAGAUCUAAUCAAACUGACUGUGACAGACUGGAGGACCAGCACAUCUGUCAAUGAAGGACUCAUAUUUCAUCAUCAACUUCAGCCCGACAGCUGUCAGUACAGGGAGGGAGAGGAGUACUGCGUCCUGCACCACAUACAGAACGGCUCAUACGGCGAUGUGUUCUGUGUCCGGGACAAAAGGACUGGUUUCCAGUGUGCUGCCAAGAGGAUUCCACUGAGUCACUUCAGCAGCGAGGAGGUGAGCACGUGGAGCGCUCUCAACUCUCCUCGUGUGGUGGAGCUCUUUGGGGCCGUCAGGGAGGGCCUCAACAUCGUGCUCUUCAUGGACCUGAAGCCAGGAUGUCUGGCUCAGCUUCUCAAAGAGAUGAACUGUCUACCUGAGGAUUUGGCCCUGCACUACCUUCAUCAGACACUGGGGGCGCUGGAGCACCUGCACCACAGGAAGGUCCUUCACCUGGAUGUCAAAGUUGACAAUGUGCUGCUGUCUGCAGACUGCAGAGACACAUUCCUCUGUGACUUUGGUCUCUCAGAGACAUUAGAUGACAACGGAUGGAGCACCAGAGCGUUCAGGGGAGCUGCCUUCCCCGGCACAGAGACCCACAUGGCCCCCGAGGUGGCACAGGGGGAUCGACUGUGUGCCAAGGCGGACGUGUGGAGCAGCUGUUGCAUGCUACUGCACAUGCUCAAUGGAUGCCACCCAUGGAUACGCUACUACUCCCAUCCACUGUGUCUCCAGGUGACAGUCUUCUUUGUCUUUAUUGGAAAGUGUGACAUUUCCACCCUGACGUGUAAAGAGGUUUUCUCACGUUUCCUGUCAUGUGUUUGUCAGAUUGUCAACGAGCCUCCGCCUCUGUGGGAGGUGCCGUCCAACUGCAACAACUUCACAGCCAAAGUGUUCAGGGCCGGACUCCAGAAGGACCCUGACAGACGAGCGUCGGCAAAGGAGCUCCGGAGGAAAACCACCAAAGCCCUCAGAGCAGUUGGCGGUCUGAGUCCCUGGUCCAUCAAAAGUGCCUGUGAGAAGCUGCAUCACAGUGAGAGCCAGAAUGAAGACACGCCCUGCUCUCUGUCACCUGGGAUCAAACCAACCAAACCAUCAGCCACGAUGUACUGGGUGAGCCCCUGGAGGACAACAGCAGUGGACGAGGACACCAGUGACUGGAAAGAUGGUGACUCAGACCAAAACUCUGACGUGGAGACAGAUUUCUUAACCAGGGAAUGGGAGUCCCAGCCAAAGUCUUUGCAGGAUGAUUAUGCUGCAGAUGGAAAAGACUGGGACACCUGCUCUGAUUCAGAGGUGGAUAUAUACAUGGCCGAGGAGGAACAUGUUCAGGAGAAGUGGCCGAAAAGUGACAGGGACUAUGAGGGGGACUGGGAAGAGGAGGGAGAUGAAGAGGGGGAGGGGGAGGAGGAGGAGGAAGAGGAGUGGGAGUCCUCCAUGUCCACAGAGUAUCUCCGUGCUCUCAGAGGCAUUUUCCCUUUGCUGCAAAAAGGCCAACAGACAAAUGACAAUUCAUGGGGAUCAGAGCCGGAGCUGGAAUACCUCCGAGACGACGUACCUUUGGGCACCACGAUCCAGACCCCGUCCCCUGAACCUCGAGACGACCCUCCGUCCUGUUUCAGCUGCUCAGACACAUCACAGAUAGACGCCUCAGAGAAGGACUCUGAUCAUUCGUCUGAUGAUCUAAGCUCUGGAGUCUUUUCCUCCUGCAACAGUCGGACAGACGGACACUUGGAGUGGUUGGCCUCAGCCAGUCAGCCGUCCUCGUGCUGCUUUGAAGGUGUUGACAUCUGGAUCGAGAAUGUCCAGGGCGAGUGUCUGAGGAUCCGUGAGCGGCGGCAGGUCAAAGUGGGCCAUGUUGCCAUAGGAAUCAGCGAUCAGAUCUCAGGGAAAGCCUUCACCUUGGAGACGCUGGACAGGAAGAUCGUGUCCUUUGAGCAAGAGAUCAAAGAGUCGUGUCUGUGGCUGCGCUGUGUUCCUGCUCCUGACAGGUGUCAGCGCUGGAGGUGGAGAGUCCGAGACGGCAAACUGGAACUCAGAGAAUGAGACUUUGUUGUUGUUGUUGUUGUUGUUUUAUUUGUGGUUUGCACCAAUUUAUGCAUUUAUGCGUAAACAUGUGCACAGGUACCUGUAGAUGUUGUGCUGCUGAUAUGACUGAUUUUCAACCCAGUAGUCAGAUUUUUUUUCUUUUGUCGUUGUGUCAAUGCAGUGAUGUCUUGGUUAAAAACAACCAUUUUUAGUGUCACUACCCCGGAAUGAAACGCAGCGAUGUCUUGAUAACAGCAACUGUUUUUCAUGUUGCUACCAAGACAAGAAAUGCAGAGAUAUAUAUGUUCAUGUGAUUUUCCGAGCAGGAAAUGCAAUGAUGUCUCUGUAAAAGCAACAAUUUUUCAUGUCACUAUGAAGGCAGAAAACGCAGCGAUGUCUUGUUAAAAAGAACCAUCUUUGGUGUCAAUUUCUCGAAACACAACAGUGUCCUUGGUAAAAAAACAACUGUAUUUCAUGAUACUUUCCAUGCAGGAAACACAGCAAUUCCUCAGUUAAGCAACUGUUUUGGUAGUGGUACUAGCAAGGUAAGAAAUGCAACAAUGUCUUGCAUAAAACAGUCACUUUUGUGUCACUAUCCCCGGUGAUCCCCAGUAACAGGUUGCUAAAAAAUGGCCACAUUUGGUCCCUUAAACCGAUGACACUGUCAGCUCAUAAAUACGUUACUUUAGAAAUGUUGAUAAUAUGUAUGAAAUGUGCAAAUCCUGGCUUAUAGAAAUGUACGUUGACAUUUUCCUCUGGUGACUGCUGGAUUUUAAGAUGUGUGAUUUUAUCAACAUGAUGUGAUUUUAAAGCUGAUUUUCUAUUUGUAAAGAUGAUUUAUAGCCGUUCUUCAGUUUAAUGUUAUCUUUUCUUAUCUCGCCCUGGAUGCACAAUCAGGGGACAAAAGAGUUCAGACGUUUGGGGCACCUCUUUGUUCUCUCUGUGAUCUGGAGUCUGUCGUGUUUCUUUGUGCCCUUUAAAUGCAGUGAACAAGUGAAGCUGCUUAAAUCCAUGAAUAACUGUCAUGAUACAACAUGAGCCCUUGAGACUUUAAUACUUGAACAUUACUCACAUUUUAUAUCUUAAUAAAAAAAUGACCUGCUCUCUUCUGCCACCUCUGCUUGUUUUCCUG